UUAGUAGAAUGUUAUCACUGUAAGCACAGUUUAGCACAUAGUUGGCUGUACAUUACUCUUAUCUUUUCUAUGCUGUUUAUUAUUAAUCACAGUUGCUCAUUUAGAAUUUCCUCAUCUUAAUACAACUGUUAAGUUUGUCAAACAAAUACAUUUAUCAUCAGAAUAAUUGUAAGUAAAGGCUAUUUUCAGUUAUGUAAUGCAACAUAUAUUACAAUUUUCAGCACUUCUUCCGCCUCAACUGACAGUGAAUCCACCGGUGAUCACAGAGACAGACUCAGUCACUCUGAACUGUCAGACUCCAUCAUCUGCUUCUGUGACUGAGUGUUAUUUCCGUAUAGUAAGAGGAGGAACUGCCAAAAGCUUCCCUUGUCUUCAGACACUGACAGGAAGUGAGCUGCUGAAGAUGUCAAAUCAGAGUUCACCUGCUGAGGUUAAAGUGACGUGUUUUUAUCUUAAAGUGUUUCCAUCUCCUGACAGUGACAUGUCCUCCAUCAUCAUUCGAACAUCUCGUCCACCAAAACUGACAGUGAAUCCACCGGUGAUCAAUGAGACGGACUCAGUCACUCUGAACUGUGAGGCUCCAUCAUCUGCUUCUGUGCCUCUGUGUAGUUUCUUCACUUCAAGUGGAGGAACCGUCAGAUUCCCCUCUUGUCUGCAGACACUGACAGGAAGUGAGCUGCUGAAGAUAUCGCAACAGAGAUCACCUGCUGAGGUUCAAGUGACGUGUUUUUACACUGUGAAGCUUGGAGCGAAAGAUUAUCCAUCUCCACACAGUGACACAUCCUCCAUCACCAUACAUAAUUCCUUUCACAAGAUUCAAACACAAGAUAUUGUGAAAAAAGAAUCAAGCAUGACCUCCACAGACUCAGCAUUUACUAAGAACAAAGAUCUUACUGAUAGCAGGUCUACUGCUUCCACUUUUGGAAUUACUGGGAAACCAGUAUCAGAUGUUGUGGAGUCAAACACGACGCAGACUAAGCCGGUAUCUAGUAUGACCACAGCAGGUGUUACUGUUAGCAGGCUCCUUGCUUCAACUCCUGUAACUCCUAUGAAACAAACAUCAGGUAACAAAAUUACAGAUCAGACUGUUGGAUCAAGCAACACUGGCAGUUUUAUUUCUACUUCCCUAACACCAGUAAAACCAACAUCAGAAACUUGGACAUGGAAGUUCCUGAUACUUGCAGCUUGUUUGGGAGGUGUUUUCUUACUGGGACUGGCACUUCUCUGUACCAAAAGAAGAUUUGGAAAAUGUUCUAACAAGAGGUCACAAGCCAAUGUCACCGAUGACUUAAUGAGCAUGAGAAAUCUUGAACAUGGAGGAUCGUUACCUGCAGAUGCUGAGGGAGCCUACAGUACGAUCACCUCAGUAGCUGCUGCUGACUGUCCUACUGGUUCUGAGAAACUGAAGGAGCAAGCGCCUCAAAAUGAGGACGUAAGUGAGAUUUACACAGCGUUGAAUAUCUACUCCACCAUCUCCGAGCAGCCACCUGCAUCAGCCCUGGAGGACAUGGUGUACAGCACCCUGCAGCCACAUUGAUGCACAAACCUUUUACACUGUGUAGAGAAACAGAACGCAGACAGCAUAAAGAAUUAUUUUUAAUCCAUUUUUAAUUUUAUUUAAGUUCAUUUUUAAACUCUUCAUGUUUUUUGUAAAAUUGAUAAUAUAUGUGAUCUGGUGUUGACCUGUGAAAAGUCUUUGACGCAAUCGACCGUGGAACCUUUCCAGGCUAAAAUCAACUGUCAUAAAUUAAACAGUUCUCAGCUGGGUGGCUUUUAGCUGACGUUAGCACACUUCAUAUUUUGUUUUACAGAAAGAAAAGAUUAUUGGAUUUUGAUAUAGAAAUACGGAGAAACUGAUGUUUGCAUUCGUGGUUAAAUAGUAGGUGCAAAAAAGAGCGGAGAUAUGAUCUAUAAGGGUAAAAAGGCUUCUUCAUUUAAUCUCGUCUUGUAUUCUUCACAAUUGUUAUUUUGUGAAGUUGGAGGGUGUUUAUAGUCAUAACACCAGAUUAUAGCAAACUUAAAUCUUUAAAGAUUCAAGUCAAAGAUGGGAAAGCAUAAGCUUGCUACUUUAGCACCUGUAACACAAUGCCUGCUCGACAGAAUGUGGAUAUCUAUAUUUAUGUUACUUGGGAAUUCACUGCAUUUGCAUCUUGAACCAUGUCUUUUAAAAAUAAGACAACCGUCUGUUAUAACGCGUUUCUUUUUUCUUUUCUUUUUCUCUGGGGCCACUUCACAAGUUAGUGUACUAAACUGCUGGAAAUAGUGGACUUGCUAGCAAGUAUAAACGGGUAACCAUUAGUGAUGCUGAAUGGCAAGGGGAACACCGCCUAUUAUCAACCUAGCUUACUUCCUGUCACACAGUUAAAUGACUAGCAAGAGCGCUGCAUGAGUCAGGUUAAGCGAGGUGAAGUGCAUGCUGGUAGAUUAAGGCAGAAACGUAGGGUCUUUGUUUGCCCGCAGGUAAGAUGGGGCUUCCCCGCCUGCUACAUGCAGGUUGCAGGUUCACAUGCCUGUUAACAAAUCAUGCAUGUUUUGGUUCAGAGGCCAUCUUUCAAGUUAUCCUCCCAAUAUACAAGAAUGAGCGAAAUGCAGAUUUCUGUGUUGAAUGGUCGGGACAAAAAUGGGAAAUAACUACAUGUUUGUGUGUGUCUAAUCACGCAAAAUAUGAAAAUAAAUAGAUAAGAAAAAGCUAUGAGCUAUGGCUCACUGGCAUACACUUUUGAGGCGGUCCCUAACUUCAGUACCUCAUUUUACCUCUCUGUCAAGUUGAGCACAUCUGAUCUAUAUUACUGCAAGAAUUCAAAUGUUGUUUGUAUCUCUUAAGAGCACAUUACCUACCUGUCCAUAUCGGAAUAAUUUGUUUAUAUUCGUUUAAGUCAGCACUAGUCCUGUCAGUUUAGAAAAAGUAACAAGUAAAAAAACCAAUAUGAACAACAAUAAGAAAGCAACUAAUGGAGAAACUUAUUUGUUUUAACCAGUAAGCCAUCACUGUGGUAGAUGUGAUCUAAAUAUACAGUGUCACACAUACUGGAACUAAAUAAAAAUGUUCAAGUGCAUCUGUGUUCCUGUCACAUUUCUGUCAGUGUGGUUCCCUUGUGAUUCUGUCUGUGGUUUUCCUGAGAACAUGGUCUGCAGAAUGACACAUUCUGAAUGUGACAGUCCACGUAGACAGAGACACAAGUGUUGCGUUUAAAGGACUCUUGGACAUUCACAUUAUUCUGCUUCAUCAUGGCUGGACGCCUGCUGUUAGUCGUCCUCAUGUGUAAGUUGAACCUUUUUUAAUUUUUUUUUCAUUGUAAAUUUAGUUACUCACCAGUACAGGUACAUUUUAUUGGCAAUUGCCAGAUUAAUAUGUUAUGUCAGCCCAUUAUGUAUUGGUAUCAGCAUGUUUUAUUAACAUUUUACGUCAGGUUGAAAGAAAUACAAAAUUAACAUAUGUUUACUAUUUAU